AUGAGAAAUUGUUGUUAUGGUUCGGGAGGUUAUAAUAGAACUAGAAUAUCAGUACUUGAACGUUUUAUAAGGGAUGAGUGUAAAUCUGGUAAGAUUAAGAAGAUUGAUGAUGGUUUGGUAUACUUUAAUCAUUUGAUUUUGGAAAAGCCGUUGCCAUCUAAUGAUACAUUCUGUCAUGUAUUGAGUUCCCUAUCAAAGAUUAAAUGUUAUUCAGAUGUGAUUGUGUUGUAUAAGAAGAUGAAUCUGAUUGCGGUACAACCAAAUAUUUAUACAUUGAGCAUUUUAAUUAAUUGCUAUUGUCAAUUAGGAAAAGUGAAUCAUGGGUUUUGUUUGCUUGGAGAAAUUAUAAAGAGAGGUCAUCAUAUUGAUAUAGUCACUUACAAUACACUGAUUAAAGGGUUGUGUAUCAAGGAUGAGAUUGAACAAGCCUUUGAACUGUUUGCUAAAGUUACUCAGGCAGGUAUUCAAUCUAAUGCCUUCACAUGUAAUACUCUUAUACAUGGGAUAUGUAGAACUGGUGAAGUGGGUCUUGCUCUUCAGCUAAAAAACAAUAUGGUGAAACGGAACUGCAGACCUAAUGUUGUUUCAUAUUGUCUGAUUUUAGAUACUCUUUGUAAAAGAGGUUUAAUUGAUGAAGCUCUGGAUCUCUUCUCUGAAAUGCAUCGAGAUUCCUAUGUUGUCCCAAAUGUUGUUGUUUAUAGUUCUUUGAUUAAUGGACUUUGCAAUUCAGGAUGGUUAAAUGAGGCAAAGAGACUAUUUAAAGAGAUGGCUAGUAGAGGAAUCUCUGCGAAUGUACCGACUUAUAGCUGUAUGAUUCAUGGUCAUUGCUUACAUGGUCAAUGGAAAGAAGCAAGAAGAUAUUUUGAUGAAAUGAAGGAUCGGGGGAUAUUACCAGAUACAAUAACCUUUAGGGUCAAAGAUGGUGCUAAUUCAGGGAAGAAAUUAUUCUCUUGCUCUAAUACCAUGUGUUCAUACUUCGAAUGGUUUGAUGAUGCAAUUAAAUCCAUUGCACCUCAGUACAAUGGAGGUUGUAAAUCUUGUGUUGGUGAUCACAAAUUUUCUGAUUGUCCUUGGUCACAGACUAGAUGUAUCAACCCCAAAUGCAAUUUAAGAAAGGUGAGGAUUUUAAACAUAGCUCAAACAUCAUGGAAUUAUGAUCCAACAUCAACUGCAGUGGAGGAGGAUGGUGCAGUUGUAUUACACUUUUUCUGGGAACCAGCUGUAGAAGAAGAUGGUGUAGUAGCAGCUGCCUUUCCCUUUGAAAAUGGUGGUACAUCAGCAGUAGCAGUCUUUGAUGCAGAUGUUGUUGCAGUAGUUGGUGCAGACAAGGCCUUCCUCAUCUUCUUUGUUGUUGGGUUUAUGAGAGAUGCUCGGGGGUUAUUGGAAUUGAUGGAGAAGAUAAACAUAAAACCCAAUCAGAUGACUUAUAAUUCAAUGAUCAAAGGUUUGUGUUUGUCAGGUCGGAUACAAGAAGCGAAUAAAUUGUUUGACUGGAUGGUGGAUAAGGGCCUCGAGACAAAUGACUUCACCUACAAUGUGUUAAUCGAUGGGUGUUGCAAAAUUAGUAGGUUGGAUGAAGCAAUGCAGUUAUUCGAGAAAAUGAAACGAAACGGAUUAGAACCCACAACAAUUACUUACAAUACACUAUUAGCAGGACUUUACGGAGAUGGUAGAGUUAACACUACAAAAUAUUUGUUCGAUGAGAUGCAAAUUUUUGGGUUAUCUCUAAAAGUUUGA